CUUUUUUGAAUUUUCUUUUUUUUUUUUUUUUUUCCUGCCUGCUAGCCCCCGCUGGGGCGGCUCGUCCCGUCCCGUCCCUCCCGGUCCCCCCGGGGGAUGCAGCGCCCCGUGCCCCGCGGCUGAGCGGGCUCCAGGCCGGGGCUCCAUGGGCUGCACCGGCAGCUCCCUGCGCUGCUGCCCCGCCGGCGGCAAGAGACAGCUAAAAGCCCAGCAGCAGAGGGGACCAGCUUCCCAGGAGCUCGCAGACUUGAAGACAGAGAAUGCUGAUGCCGCCCUGUUGCCUGAGGAUGGGAAGGAGAAGGCAGCACUGCAGGAGGAGCGGACAGAGAGCAGGAGACUCCUCCAAGACCAGGAGGAGGAGGAGCAGCUGCGGGAUGCCAGCCAGGCAAGGUCCACAAGAGUUGCCCAGGACAUUCACAUUCAGGUGGAAAAGGGAAAAGACCUGGAGCUAGAGGAGCAGUUCAAUGCCUUGAGGAGGGAGCACACAGAGACCCUGCGAGAGCUCUGGAGAGUACAUGAGCAGGAGAAGCUGCUGCUGACAGAGUCCCACCACAGGUCCCAAGCAGCCUUACAGGAGACGAUCCAGGAGCUGAAUUCCCAGCUGAAGUCCUUCCAGGAGAGGAUGAAACGGGUGGAGGAGUCACUCUUGAGCACAGACUACAAGAAGCACAUCCAGGAGCACGGCAGCCCCAGCCCCUUCUGGGAGCAGGAGCUGGAGAGCCUGCACUUCGUCAUCGAGAUGAAGAAUGAGCACAUCCACGGCCUGGACAAGAAGCUACUGAACCUGGAGAGCGUGGUGGAGAGGAACCUGCUGCUGGAAGAGAAGGUGAAAAUCCUCCAGCAGGAGAAUGAGGACCUGCAAGUUCGCACCCAGAACCACUUGGUCAUGGCUAGGCAGCUGUCGGAGGAGCUGCUGGCCGCCCGCGGGGCGCUGGAGAAAGAGACCCAGCUGCGGGAGCAGGCUCGCCGCGAGAAGGAGGAACUGCUGUAUCGUGUGCUCAACGGGGGAGACGGCUCCCCCUUCCCCACGGCUGCCGGCGAGGUGCCCCUCAUGGCCACGUAGCACACCUCCAACCAGCACCAUGCACUGCCGGGGGGGCUGUCAGGGCUCUCCUCCGGGCACAGGAGCCCGGGGCUGCUCUCACAAGUGCCCCUGCUGCUGGGGCAGGCCCUGUCUGACCAGGGCGAUGGAGCAUUUCACAGGACACUUGCACCUGCCUUUCUCCAGCCCAUGCAGGGCUGCAGGGGGUCCCCAGCCACCCCUCCACCCCUUCCUCUUGUGGGAAGUUGUGGUGAGCAUUCUUGGGGUAAAAGGGGUCAGCCAGGACACACAUGCAUUGGGCUGGAUGCCACCCAGCACUUGGCUCUAAGCAUAACCAGCAUCAGUGCUGCUAGGGGGCAUGGAGGUAAGAAAAGGUCAUGACUGGGAUAAGAAAGGGACAAGCACGGGAGGAUGAGCAGGGCGCUGGGGCCAUGGUGCCAUUAAGGUACCUCACUUUCUGUGGAGUAUCCCUGGGAAGCACAUGGCUGAGCCCAGGGCUGAGACAUGGAGGCUUUCAUGGGGUAGCAGCAAAGGGCAAGAGGGUACCUCUGCCACCUCCAGCACCGCCCUUGCCACCGACUAUGUCAGCCUGUCCCAUUUUGGGGCUUGGCCUCCUGCUCAGGCUGCUCUGAGCAGGUACCACCCAUUCCACCGUUCCCAGUGAAAACAGGGCUGCCCCUGCCUGGGGAGGGGGUCAGGCAGGGAUCCCCCUCACACCCUCCUCCACCCCAGGGGUUGCCCAGGCAGGCUCCCACUGACUGCCACACAGACACCAAAGCCUCUUUGCCCCUGCUGCCCAACAGCAGCAACACCAGCCCCAUCUUCUCCCCCAAAGCCGGGCAGAUUCUGCACACCUGGAGGUGCACAUGUGGGGAGCAGAGCAUCCUCCAAAGGGGAGUAGGUUUCAGCAGUGGCCAUCAGCAGAUCACAUCCCCAUUGGGGAAGAUGCUGCCAGCACAGUUGCAGGUUGGGGCUGGAUGCACACAAGCACUUUUCACUGGGCUCACAAGUGUGGUGGGACAGUCACUGCUCCAGCGGUUGUCACUGGCCUGUCCCCUCCCCUGUUUAGCCAGGGGUUGUGUGUAUGUGUGUGCACCAGGCCAGUGUGCUACUGGCUGUAACAAUUACAAGUCUGUAAGAAGAA